AUGAAGCUCGAUACCAAAGCUAUCAGAUACCUCACCCAGGAUGACUGGCGUGUGCUCACCGCGGUUGAGAUGGGUAGCAGGAACCAUGAAGUCGUUCCUACGCCUUUGAUCGGAAGCAUCUCUGGGCAGCGCAAUGGCGUGCAUCGGUGUAUCUCGAACCUGGCAAAGGUCGGCCUCAUAGGCAAAGUAAAGAACGCGAAAUACGACGGAUACCGCCUGACUUACGGUGGACUCGACUAUCUCGCCCUGAACACGCACUGCAAACAGAACAAUGUUUUCAGCGUAGGAAACCAGAUUGGCGUCGGAAAGGAGUCGGACAUCAUUGUCGUCGCCUCGCCCAGCGGAGUCCAGAGGGUUCUGAAAAUCCAUCGUCUCGGCCGCAUUUCAUUCCGCACCGUCAAGGCCAACCGCGAUUACCUCCGCAACCGCUCCUCAGGAUCCUGGAUGUACAUGUCGCGACUGGCAGCGUUGAAGGAGUUUGCGUUUAUGAAGGCUUUGAAGGACAAUGGCUUCGUCGUGCCAGAGCCAAUCGCGCAGAACAGACACACGAUCGUCAUGAGCUUGGUGGAUGCUUUUCCACUGAGGACCAUAGCCAGCGUGCCCCAGCCGGAGAAGCUCUACGCCGAACUGCUGAACAUGAUCAUUCGCCUGGCCAAGUAUGGCCUUAUCCAUGGCGAUUUCAAUGAGUUCAACAUCUUGAUCAUAGAGAAGGCCGAGCCGUCCGACUCAAAUGACUCUGAUUCACCGCCGAAGAUCACGCUGAAGCCUGUGCUCAUUGACUUCCCUCAAAUGGUGUCCAUCGAUCAUCCAAAUGCGGAAUACUACUUUGAUAGGGACGUUAACUGUAUUAAGCGAUUCUUCGAACGUCGUUUCCAUUUUGUCAGCGACGAGCCGGGGCCUUUCUUCAAAGAUGCCAUCAAGUCAGUUGGCGAAGCCGCCGGAGCCAGGAGGUUGGACGUUGAGGUUGAGGCUUCGGGAUUCAGCAAGAAGAUGGCGAAGGAAUUGGAAGGUUACAUGCGGGACGUUGGCGUUGACGGCCAUGGUGAUGAAGAGAACGACGGCGCAGAGGCGGAAGACGACGAGGACGAGGACGAGGAUGAGGAAAACGAGUUGGCAGAGAACGAGGAUGUUCCAACAGACUCUCGUGAUGCCGAGGCAGACCGUGACCUCCACAACGGCAUGACUGUCCUCCAUAUCAACGACGAUACCCCGGAAGUCACACAUGACGACAUCGAGCUUCCCGCGAAGAAGGCGCCUUCGAAAUCGCGAUCCUCCGCAAAAGCGGCCUCGGGCUGGGCCAUAUGA